AUGAGUGAGCAAGCGACCGCCGAAGAAGGCAGCCACGACCUCGAGGGGUCGUUGUUGCAAGAUGCUCAACCACCUAGUUGGGCGCCAACGGGCCCCCUUGAUUUUGUAUCCUCAGCCUUGCGGCAAAUAUCGAAGCAGGAACCUCGAGACCGAGAUUUCGCUGCACACAUUCUGACCUGGACGAUGGUCGCCAAGCGGUAUUUGAUGCCGACACAACUCGGGCAAGCCUACGCCAUCCAACAAACUGGGGAUGCCUCGAACCGCGAUUUUAACAGAUCUGAAGAGGACAUCGUGUCCGUAUGCAAAGGGCUCGUGCGGCUAGAGACAACAGAAGAAAGCAAGAAGGUCAAAUUCGUCCGCAAGCCUGACCUGGACCAACUGCUACACUAUGGAUUGGUUGACCGCAAGCCUCACUUGACCAUCAUCAGGACUUGUUUGACCUGCCUCCAAAGCGAUAAAUUUGCGGAAUCCGAAUCAAGCCCUGAAACCAUGGAACGUCUGGUCCAAGGCAAGAACAUGUUCACGUUCUACGCUGCUACGAGAUGGAUGGAUCACCUGCCGGACUUGGACGCAGAAUCGGGGGAGCUGGCAGAGGGCGAAGAGCUGAUCACACAAUUUCUUCUGCGUGGUAAAGGGACCACGGGUUGGUUCUGGUUUCUCGAGCGGUUUUCAAAUGAAAAGGUUUUAGAGCUACACGUAGCUGCUAUCAUCGGUCAGGUUCCGGUGAUGAAGAAUCUUCUGGAGAUGAGGAAACGCGACGUUAAUACCACGACCUCGUACGGACGGACGGCUCUACACUUGGCCGCGAAAUAUAAGCGUGCGUCCCUCGUGAGGAUGCUUCUGGAGAAUUCAGCUGAACUGCAUAUCCGUGAUGCGACGGGGAGCAUAGCACUGCACUACGGGGCCAUGUCCAACCGCUGGCACCUACUAAAACCACAUGUGGACACGGUACGCGAGCUUGUGAGCGAGUACAAGAAAGGCGGCAUGAGUGAGGACAUUCGCAGAAAUUGUACGGCGAUUCGCAACGGGUCAAAUAAGACUCCGUGGGACUACGCUUUGGAAGCCGGGAAGAUAUUCCACGGUGCGGAGCUAGUGGGACGUGCUGCGUAUCAGCUCGCUGAGGCAAGACUAGCAGCUCAGUAUAAAAUAGCCAGACUGAUAACCUUUUGGCCCUAUGACGAGUCCAUCGAGAAAGAGGGCAACUAUUUUCCUCCCUUGCGGCAAGUCAAGGCACUUGAAUCUUCAGAGGCGGGCAUGGCCAUACUUGUGGAGGCCUUGACCAAGAGAGGCCAGAUCGUCGGUGACCGGCGGACGGUGCAGGUGAAAGACCUCACGCAGACGACAUCGAAUUUCGGUGCCAUCACCUCCACCAAGUGGGCCCUGCUCGACAUGCUCCUUGGGAUAAACGAGAAAGGCAUCAAGCUACUCACCGAUGCUUAUGAACGCCAAAUGUGCUUUAUGGCCUGGAUAUUACUUCAAACGGGGGCCGAGGUACACCAUCGAAGAGAAGGCCAGCCCUCGGCCCUCCAUUGCGCAAUCCUUUUCCGUUCAAAGUCGUUGGUGUCUCUUCUGCUUGCGUACAAGGCCAGUUUAGAAAUCCGUUGUUAUUAUAACCGGACUCCUCUAGAUCUUGCGAUUGAGCUUGGCGAAACUGAUAUUGUGCGUCAGCUGCUGGUUAAUGACGUCGCCGAAAUUCGGAAAGUCACCACGAACAUGAUGUCUACGGCUCUACCUCUCGCAAUCCUAGACGGCCGCAAGGAGAUGAUUCAUAUGCUUUCUGGUCUUCAACUAACGCCUAUUGAUGCAUUAAAAGAAGAGGCGAAAGUUACUCUGGCGGUAUUGGCCCGGGAGUUCCGCGAGACAGUGAGGAACAAGAAUCUACAGGGCAGUACGGUGCUGCAUCUCGCCCUUUCAAGCCGGAAUCGUUCUUCAUGUUACGAAAUGCUUUUGAGUAUGCUGAUGUAUGGGGCUGAUGUUGAUGCGGAGGACGACAAGGGACGGACGCCUCUUAUGCUCGCGAAGCAGAUGAGUCUACACGCUGAGAGGAUCCUUUUGGAGAUGCACAGCUCCAAGCCCGACAUGGAGCAACAGGUACCAGACCACCAGCUUCAACAAGCACCAGCCCAUCAGCUUCAACAGGGACCAGGGCAUCAGCGUCAACAGGGACCAGGGCAUCAGCGUCAACAGGUACCAACCCAUCCGCGUCAACAGGCACCGGCCAAUCCGCGUCAACAGGCACCAGGGCAUCAGCGUCAACAGGUACCAACCCAUCCGCGUCAACAAGUACCAGACCAUCGGCGUCAACGGGACUGA